AUGGAUACCUCUUAUCAAUCAUCACCGCCCUCUUUCCCUCCCCGAAGGCCUGAUCUCAAGCGAAAGCUUGUAGUAGUGGGCGACGGUGGAUGUGGCAAAACAUGUCUUCUAAUUGUCUAUGCAGAAAAUCGAUUUCCAGAGGCGUACAUACCAACAGUGUUCGAGAAUUACGUGACGCAGGUGCAUUUCGAAGGAAAGGAAAUCGAAUUGGCGCUAUGGGAUACAGCGGGGCAAGAGGAGUAUGAUCGGUUGCGGCCACUCAGCUAUCCAGAAAGCAAUGUCAUACUCAUUGUUUUCUCUAUCGAUUUCCCAACAAGCCUAGGAAACGUCCUGGAUAAGUGGUAUCCAGAAGUGGCUCAUUUCUGCGAGGGAACACCUUUGAUUCUAGUCGGUACAAAGAUCGAUCUUCGCAAGGAUGAGCAGACAAAACGGAUGUUGGGCGCCCAAGGCCAGACACCUGUCAGCUGGGAGCAGGGAUCCAGCGUGGCGAAAGAGAUCGGCGCAAAAUACAUAGAAUGCUCCGCGAAAACGGGAACUGGCGUCCACGAUGUAUUCAAUCUGGCUUUGAAAGAAAGCAUGAAGGGGAGAUGGGGGAAGAUUGUACGAGAACGGCGAUGUGUUGUGACAUAA